GGUCCCAGCUAAUUAUUUAUAACUCCUUUCUUACCUGCUCACUGUGGUAAUAAGCUUCCCGAAACAACGCUGAAAAAAAUCGCAUAAGAGCUUUGUUAAGAAGAAUACUUUGGCGAAAUUUAAUAUUGUUUGUUUAUCUUGCUAGCUCGUUUAUUGAUUAGUAGUACUAGCUAGCUAACCUCCGGCCAAAGUACAGAAGGAAAAAAUGGCAGCUGGGAAGAUGUGCAUGAAGAAGAAUAAGGAGGAAACUGCCGAGUGGACGGAGUUAUUCCCGCAGGACUUUAAAUCUGCGCAGGAGUCUUUGCUCUUUGUCAAAAGGAUGAUGGUCGUGGCUGUCUCCUCUAUCACCUAUCUCAGGGGCAUUUUCCCAGAGGAUGCCUACAGAUCCAGAUAUCUGGAAGAUUUUUGCAUCAAAAUCUUGCGUGAAAACUGCAACACUCCUGGUGCAGCCAAAAUUGUGAAAUGGUUGAUGGGCUGUUUUGAUGCAUUAGAGAAACAAUACCUCCAGCUUGUGUUCAUUGGGGUCUGCGCUGAUCCUGAUGAACCCAAUCGGAUAAUUGAGUCCUACCACUUCAAAUUCACAUACAGUGCAAAGGGACCAGAGAUGGACAUACUCAGGAACAACGGUAUAAAGAUGCAAGUGACCAUGGACGACACCAAAAAGGCUUUGGUGCUUCUCAUCAGGAAGCUCUUUCUGCUUAUGCAGAACCUGGACGCCCUCCCCAGCAACGUCUACCUGACCAUGAAGCUCUACUACUAUGAUGAGAUCACCCCUGCUGACUACCAGCCACCUGGUUUCAAGGAGGGGGAGUGUGACAGUCUGUGGUUUGAAGGCGUGGCCGUGAACUUCAGGGUUGGUGAGGUGGAGACGCCCUUUCACACCUUGAAAGUAGCUGUGUCAGCAGAACAGGAUCGGGUGGAGAAACUUCAGAAAGGAAAUCAUCUGGGGGAGACUAAGCAGGUUUCUCAGGGGGCUUUUUCAGAGAAGGAAAUUGAGAAGAAUCCUCACAAGAAAAUAUAUGAUGGAGAGGAUCUACCUUCUGAAGACGAGUCUGCACAGUUUAAGAAACCAAGGCGGCCCAUGGCAAAGAGGACUGCAGCUGCCAGAAAUCUUACAAGAAAGAAAAGAAGAAUCUAACCAACAAGACAAAAGAUGUGUGAACAACCUGUUCAUUUUAGUGUGAUGUUAUUUUACAAUUCAUGUUAUCAAAUGUAUUAGACAGGUUCCUUUGAUAGUUCACUCUACCCAGACCUUGCUGUUGUAGUUUUAUUUCACACGACACGCUAUAACAUUCAUAAUUCAUAUAAAAGUACUUAGGUUUUCAUUUAAGUGUACAAAAAUAGUUUCAUGUGUAUAGUUAAUAAAAUAAAGCUUGAUUGUAAACAUU